AAAUAUUGGAAUUUGAAAAUCAAAUUAUGGAUAGUCAGGAUGAAUCAACUCUACUUAACGAAGAUGAUGAUGAUUACCUGACUAUGGCGCUUCCUGAUUUAUCUUCUUCCUUAAUUUCUACUAGAGAGAGAAAGGUUUACGCACAAAGAGAAAGAGGUAUAUGUAAAUCGUAUCAAGUGAGAGAACAUGAACGUCGGAAAGAGGCUCUUAGUUCAUCGUUAAUGGAUUUUGAAAAGCCCAGUAAAGCUAUGACAAUGAUGUUUAAAAUGGGUUAUAGAAAAGGUGAAGCUUUAGGUCAAAAGCAAUCUGAAGGAAAACUAGAACCUCUUGAGAUAAAUAUGAAAACUGAUCGUUUGGGUAUUGGUCAUAAAACAAUGCAAAAACAAAAGAUUGAACAAGAAAUUCAAAAGAUACGGGAGAAUGAAAUAGAUUAUGAAUCAAGAAUGCGUUUGGAGCGUGAAAAAAAGUAUCUUGAAGCAAAAGUUUUAGAAGCGCAGAAAGUUUGUGAGAAUUUAGAUAAAAAAGAGUCUCUAGAUGAGCCGCGUAAGAUUAAUGUUUUAUGGAGAGGGUUAGUUGUACAAAGAAUUGAGAAGGAGAUGGAAAAACGUAGAAGACAUGGGAUUUUUGAUAGACCUGAAGAUUCUCAGGAUUUUUUAUCAGAUGAAAUUAAACCGCCUCGUCACACACAUAUUGAAUGGAAUGAAGAUGAAGAUAUGGAAUUAUAUGCCUUUAAUCAAUUGGAUCCUGGAAUUCGGUUGGAGAAAAUUUUGGACUUUCUUCGUCAAAAUUAUAAUUACUGUUUUUGGUGUGGAUAUGCCUACCAGAAUGAGGAAGAGCUUUCAACGUAUUGUCCUGGAAAAAAAGAAGAGGAUCAUUAAAUGAAAAAAUCUAUAUAUUAUUAUUAAAUAAUAGGGUUUUGUUUUGCAUA